UCCCUGGUGUGGGAUGACGUCAAAUUCAAGAUGGAUGGAAUCACAGCGGCAGCGGCGGCUGCGGCGCGCGCGAGCCGAGUGUGAGCGGAAAGGGGCCCGGCGUCUGCCUCGCGGCUGAAGACCGCGGCUUGCGGGCUCCGAGCGCUUCUGCGCGUGCGCCGGGCGCGGCGCUCACCGAGCAUGCCCCGGGCCCCCACGUAGCCGAUUGUGCCUUCACAGUGCGCAUGCCCCGUGCCCGCACUUGGCCUCGCCCUCGCCACUGCGCACGCUCCGUCCCUCACUGGGCUUCCCUCGCCGGGCCAGGUGGCCUUGGGGUGGACGCCGCCGGCCGGGCUUGGCGCGCGCCGCUGCGCGAACAGUCGGGAUGCCUUCCGGCCGGGGCGCGUGCUCGCGUCCCGGGCAGGCGUGGCGGCCGGCGGGUGUGCGCGGGAGCGGCGGGGCGCUGGGACCCGGCACCUGCUGCCCCCCGGCCCCGCCUGGCGGCCGCCGGCGCCACCACCGAGUUGACUUUGCUUUCCCGUCCCGCCCCCUGGCGGGCCCUCCGCCGGACCUGAGCGCGCCCCUUUCCCUCCGGGAGCCCUGGGUUGCUUGCUCCUCCGAGUCCACGCCCGGCGGCAGCAGCGCAGCCCCUCCGCCGGACACAGCUUCCCCGCCGGGCUCUGGGUGGUUCCCCACUUGGGAAAGUCCGCGAUCUGCGGCCGGAGGCGGAGAGGAGGGCGGUCCCGGCCCCGAGACCCCCGUGGUGCUGUCGGGGCUGCUCACCGCCCAGACCACCACGAGGAUCGUGCCUUGACCCGCGGGGGAGCCCUCGGCCCUGGCCCUCCGCGCCGGCUGCUUGCACUCCCGCCGCAGGGCUGCGUGGCUCUGGAGAGGGCCGCCCCGCAGCACGUGUGGAGUGGGGUGAUCGUAGAGACGCGGCCUCCGCGGGCUGGCCCGACAGCGGGGAUGGAGGAGACGGUCCCAGACCCCGCUCGGCGCAGCAGCCCGGGGCGUCUGAGUGCAAGAGCGCACAGCGCUGCUCCCCUCCAGCAUCCGAGGGCAUCAGCGCAUUACAGCCUUGGCCGGCGGUUGUUCAUAAGGAUGACCCUGAGUCAUCAAUAAGGAGCCUGCGUUAGGUUCUGCGUACCUGUUUAAGAAGGCAAGGAAGUGGGUUAAUCCAUUUUAGGAAGAUUUCUCGUUGUCAGUUAUGUUUAAAAAUUUUCUUCCCUCUGAUGCUCGGAGUAAAUCCCUCAUCUACCUCUGGUGACUGACAGUCGUUACAUUUACAUUUAAAUGCCCCCAAAUAGUGAUGUUAAAAAGAAAGUAGGAAUUUGGGGCUUUGGUUUACUUAAAAGUGGCCUUAUGUUUAAUUCAUUCUUCCUUUUAGCGCUGUGUAUUGAAGGUACAGUGUGCUUCCUUUGGUGGGUGUAAAAGUUGAGGAGGAGGCAACCCCUGCCCUGGAGGACCUUACAGGCGGUUCAUGGGGUGGGGGGGGGUUCAGGGGUAACAAGACGGGGGCUCCAUGCUUGAGGGAGUCUGGGUGAGCAGGAGGUGACUGAAGGGACAGUUUUAAUUGGCCCCAAAGCCAGUGGGGAUGUAGAGAGCAGAUCCUGGAGCUGUUUGUGAACAAGCUGUGACGGGUCGUGGUGACUGGCUAGAGACGAAAGAGAAGAGGCUUCUGGUUUUCCAGACUGCUGGUUGGCCACACACCAAACUAAUCAGGGAACAUGUAAGGACAGGCAGAUGUGGGGGUCAGGCCGUGGGGGUGGGUCAUAAUACCAUCCCGGACAGAUAGAUAUCCUGUGAUGGGAGUGUUCGGUGGGUACCUGAGAGGCUGGAGUCCCAGGGAGAUGCAGAUUUGGGAAUCCUCAUCCAAAAGUGGUUAAAGCCACGAGAGCUCAUACAGAAAGCCAAGAAGGCUGCCACCUGCUGAGCUCUGUCCCAGACACUGGAGCCAGAAAGGUGGGCAAGUCCAGGUCUCGAUACUUUCUCUCUGCACCCAGUAGAUAGCUGCCAUCCUGUGCUAAGCAUUAGGGAGACACAGGUGGAAACAAGGGUUCUUCCUUUUAAGGACUCUGAUGAGGGAGACAGACAGAGAAGCAGAUCACUCAGCAUAGCCCCGGUGAUCUUGCUGAAGAGGCCAAGGACUGUGGUAGUUAGAUGACUGAGCGACUGGCUGGGAGCAGGUCACGAGGGUUUUGUAAGACACUGAUGUUUGAGCCGGGUCUUUCUGGAGAAGUUGGCCACAUACAGCAACAGUAACAAAGAUAUUUUAGGUGGUUGGAAUCGGGUGUGCAAGUUUGUAAGUUGGAUGGUAAGGAGUGUGUAGUAAGGGUGGAGAGAAGAAAUGGUCUUGUAUGCCAGUCUGUAGAGUUCAGAUUUCAUCGGGAGUAAUAGAAAAAUCAGUAUGGUAUUCUAAGGACAGUGAUGGGACGAGCUUUACUUUAGGGAAAAAAAGGCAUGUUUUCCAGGCCCGCAUUUAGAGUGCAAGAUGCCGUUGAGCAUUGUGAAGAGUAUCAAAAGAUGUUAAGCAGAGUUUUAGUCCUUUGGUAGCCAACGGUUCUGCUGGGGAGACGAGCAGCUGAGAAUACAUGGCACUGAACGAGCACCAUGUAAAUGCCGCCACUCACUGUAGCACAGGAUUUGAAAGGUGUUCACUUGUUAUAAAUGAAAGUAGUCAAGGAAGGUAUAUGAGUCUGCUAGGGCGGCCUUGACCGACUACCACGGGCUGAAACAGCAGAAGUGUGUUUUCCCACAAUUCUGGAGCCUGGAAGUCUAGGAUCCAGGUGUCAGCAGGGUUGGUUCCUCCUGAGGCCUCUCUCCUCGCUGUGUGGAUGGCCGUCUUCUCCAAAUGUUCACGUGGUCCCCCUCUGCGUGUGUCCUGAUCGCCUCCUCUUAUAGGGACACCAGUCAUAUUGGUGCCCAUAAGGCCCACCCUAGUGACCUCAUUAUGGCUUAAUUGUCUCUUCAAAGACUCUCCAAAUACACGUACAUUCUGAGUUGCUGGGGGUUAGCACUUCAGCAUAGGAAUUUGGGGAGGCGAGGGGGACACAGUCCAGCCCACGACAGAAGGCUGCAUGGAGGAGCUGACACUGGAGCUGAGCUCUGAAAGACGAUUAAUGUUCCGCAGAGUGGAGUGCUGGGCAGGGGGCUAGAUGAGGUCUAGGACAUCCCGGAUUGGGUGAUGGAGGAGGCAGGACGUGCAGCUCGGUCUCCAAGGCAAAGUGUCUGCAGCAGGAAGUUACCACAAGGGAAUAGUCAAGGAAAAGAACAUUUAAAAAGCAAUUGGAAACCAGGGUUACAAAGCCCAGGAGUCCAUGUUUUUAAAAUGUUGCUUUUUAACCUAAUGGAGAACCAUUGUUUUUAUUAUUACUUCUUUUCACUCGGGUCUAAGGUCUCAGCUGAAACACCACGUCGAGGCCUUUCCUGACUGUCCUCCCCAAGCCCCUUGUUACUUUGGCCCAGUCGCAGCACCCUAUUUAGUUCCAAGUCUGAAGUUAGCUUUUUUGUUUCUUUUCUUGCUUAUCUGAUUUUCCCUACUAGAAAGUGGGGGCCUUGUCUGUUUUGCGCCCCCCUGCACUUCAGGUGUGUCUCACCAUGUCUUGCUCAUAAUAGGAACUCAGUCACUAAGUUGAAGUAAUAACAGUUUACUUAAUGUGCACGUCCGAUGAAUGAUCAAAGCCGUGUUGUGGGAGGCUCGGUCCAGCAGCGGUGUUACAAAGGGUGGAUUUGGAGGGCAUGAGGGGAAGAAGGAAGACCACUCGGAGAUAUAUUAGUUAGGGUCUUUUAAUAACAAGAACAGAAACUGACAGGCUAGCCUGCAUAGAACAAGGAAUUUACUGUAAAGACACAGGGUUGCUCUGGAGGGUUAAGGAAAAGCUAAAGAAUUGGGCCAGGAAGGGCGGAAACCAAGGUAACCAGCGGCUGCGUCUUCAGGCACUGCCGGAGAAAUCAGCGCCCCUCCUUUGCUGCCUCUCUUGUUCUCCUCGGCCAACUUCCCGGGAGAAGGUUUCUCAUCGGCUUGGCCUUGCUUGUUGCCUGCCCCUGAGCGAGGGGAGAGCAGCACAUCAGCCUGCACUUGGGGGCGAGGGGGCUUCUUCCAGAGCCAGAUCAGGGGUCCUCGACUGGCAGCAGGAGUGGCUACCGGCUGGGUGGAGCCAGACGAGAGAGGCUGCUCUAUCAAGGAAGGUGCCAUGAAGAGCCUGCGCUGUCGCAGUAGUCCCCGGGCUGGUGGAGCAGAGGGCACCCCGUAAACCAAAACGAGACCUUCCCUAGAGAGACUGAAAGGCCGUGAGAUGGGAUCCAAGGGAGAGACAUUACUGCCCUUGAAGGAUCAAGUAAAGGAGGCUAGCUUUGAAAUCUGAGGAGCUUUAGAUAAUUUCUGGAUAUCUGCAUUGUCACCUAGUGAGUGAUGAUAAGACCCAAACUCAGAGCCGACUUCCUGUCACCAUCUAAUAGUAAAAUCAAACAGAGAGAGUCUGGGCGAAAUCCAGAGGUGAGAUUUGGGGUGAAUGCUGUGUGCGUGUUUAUGCUCCAAAGUCAAAUGUGGGUGGAUGCUCUGGUUUUCUCACUAGGUGUUUGCUUUCUGUUAUGGGCGUUCCUCCUCUUGUCCAGUGUCAUGGUUCAGACUACAUAAGCAGUCCCCAACAUUCCAAACGAUUGUGUGCCCAGAGUUCAGUUUUGGGUUAAUGUUUUGGAGGUAAAGAGACAUUUUCCUAUAGAACUGGUAGUAAGGGGUUUGUUGGCUAGUCUUGGAGCAAAUUUGAUAUUUAAUGUACCUUAGCCCUGGUACCAGGGCUCCAAAACUUGAAAGGCGGCGAGGUUGUUUUGGUCUCUUCCCAUCUCCCUUUCUGGGCCCCUCACUCACCACCUAGUGUCCUUUUAUCUGAAUGCUUAGCUGUGCUUUGCUUUCUUCUGUUUAUAUCCCCAGGAUGCUCUAUUCUCAAAUUGCCUACCAUCCCACCAUCCCCUUAACAAUCUUAACUCCCUGCCAUGGAUCUAACAUUGCUAUAGGAGGAAAUUAUUUGUAUGGAAUUAAUUCCUAUUAAGAUAUGAGUUCCCUUCCCCUCUUAGCGUUUAGUACCUGAGGAAUUUGAGGUCGUGCUAUGCAAUAAUUUCCUGGCCUCCAGUUUUGAAGGGCUUUGUGGCUGUUCUGGGAGGUUGGACCUUCGGGCCGGGGCAGGCUUAGCCCCUGGCCGGGUCGGAGGUGUGUUUCUGAAGAGCGUCUGCAGUGGGGAUGCGAGGAGUGGAAGCUUUGGGAUGACGCCACAGUCAGGGAAUGUGUGCUGCUGGAGAACAAGCAGCUGGCCAGCUCACUCAUCUCUUGUGAUACGUGACAUAUAGCAGCCCACGUAAACCUUCAGGAAAAGGAGAGAGGAAGGAAGUAAAAUGCGUGCUUGCCAUAUAGGAAACACUGGAUCUACUAGGAGCCUGCAGACAUGUUACGUCUUGUCUUCUUCAUGAAAUCCUCUGUGGUCAGAUAGUAUCAGAAAGGCCGAGUGGUCCUUACCAGGUUACUUACCUAAUAGGUGGCACAGCCAGGACUGGCGACAGGUAGACUGAUUUGAAAGACUUUUCCAUGGAGCUGUAAUGACUUCCAUGAGUUGUUAGCCACAGAGAUUCUCCCAUUUUGCCAUUUCAGGAAACAUGGACUAGAAGCAGUUCAGGCGGGGUUUGGGAGGAAAUUCUGUGCGAGGAUCCAAGUGGUGCGCGAACCAGCCCUGUUUCAGGAUCUGGCUUUCCUCGGGGAUUUCCUCCCAGCUUAUUCUAUCAAUCAUAAACAGGCCUUUUCUUCCACAUUUCACCCACUUUUCUUUUAAGAGUGCCAAGGUUUUUCCAGCAUGACUAAAGUGGUAGCAGGAACUCCUGCCUUGAUGAGUCAGGUCGAGAUGAGCAGUGGAAAAGGCCCGGGAUGUGGACACGGGGGCAAUAUGUAUUGAUACGUGAGAACUUUUAGCUUUCUGAUGCACUGUCUUAAUGAUUAUCCAUAAUUAAAACAUACAUGAGCAACUGGAGUUUGAUAAGCCAGAGAUUUAUGCAGGAGAAAGUACGUCCAUCAGCAAGGCUGGCCUUGUCUGAGGGCUGAAGAGCAGGAAAAGCAGGAGGGUUUGCGAACUCAGUUUGCACAUCCACCAGCUGCAGAGGGUUUGCUGGGUUGGCUUGUGACAUUUUGCCUGCAUUCUUAAUGGAGCAUUUUACAUUUUUAGUUAAGUUGUUAAACUCAGUCAAUAUACCUACUGUCAUUGAAACACGAAAGUCCAAAAUGUUCAUUGUUUGUAGCUAGACUAGGAAAGGGACCGUUGUUUUUAAGUUUUAAUACUUGAACUAAAGGUAGAAGCAAGGGCCUCAACGUGAAGGUGCCCUGCACUCUCCUGUCACUGCAGACACCCAGAGCCUUUGUCCUGGCCUGCUGGAGAGGCUGGGAGAGUCACUCUCCUCCUCAAGUGGCCUUACGUUAGCCUCCAGGACCCUCAUGCCUCCAUCCCCUCUCCGGCUCCUCGCCCGCCCUCCCCUCCACAUAUCCUUUGCUCCAGCCAGGACUGUAUCUUGUCUGUGUGACGUUGGACACACUGCUCCUGUCCUUGAAAUGCCCUUCACCCUUCUUCCUGACUGCUCCCACCCUCUCUGACUCCUGCUGGUUCAGGAAGCUCUUCCAUAGGAUGGGUGCCUUCCCUGACCUCGCCGUCCUCUGAGUGCGAUGGCCUCACCUGCACACUGUCUGUCCUUCUGCACGCUCCCAUCUGGUGCUGAGCACGCUAGAGCAUGAUGGCGGACUGGCUUGUCCAAUUCCACACAAGACUUCAAGCACUGUAAGGUGGGACCGUGGCUGGCGCACUGGUCUCCUGCCUGUCUAGCCAGGUCUAGCACAUACUAGACAGGUGUCCAGCUGUAAGAAGCAUGUCACGUGGUGACUAAGAGUCCAGGCUCUGAGGCCAGUCCCCCAGCUCCACUGCCAACUGACUGGGUGACCUUAGGCACAUUACUUGACCUCUCAGUGCCUCAGUUUCCUAAUUUGUAAAACAGAGAUGAUGACAGUGCCCAGCUCAGGUGGUUAUGUGAGAAUUAAAAGAGGUAACUAGAGCCAGUAUGCUGUAGGGGUCAAGAGCGUGGCCUUGGCAGCCAAGUCACCUGGUGGAAUUCUGCUCUGUUUCUUAUUAUCUGUGUGACCUUGAGCAAGUUACUUAACCCUCUAUGCCUUAGUUUCCUCAUCUGCAAAAUGGGGAUAAUGAUGGUACCUCCUAAGGUUGCUGUAAAGAGUGAGUUUAAUGCAUGAAAAGUCUUUACAGUAGUCUGCGGCAGCGUGAGCACUCCAAUGUUAGCUGUUAGAAACUGUCCAGUUAGUGUUUGGCUGGCUGGAAUGGAGAGUCAAUCCUGUGGAGUCACUGUGCUGUGCGUCAGGAAUGUGGACGUGCUUUGUCACUUUUCAAGCAGGCGGUCUCGUUGAUAACUAAAUGGAGGUUAUAGUCAAGUGAAUAGUUUUAAACCCCAAAUAAUGUUUAGGGACAGUGACUGUUUCUCUUCCGACUCAACUGUGAGUGACUUCUUAUUCCCUAAUUCCCAGCUGUUUUCAUUCAAAGAGCAUAAAAGCCCUUGGUUCAAGGGAUUAGAAGCAGUUACUUAGAACAAAAACAGGGAUCAUGAUCAUUUGAAGAAAGCAAAAGAAGCUUUCUGAACGAUGAAAGAUGAGAAAAUGUUGGGUUUUGCCCUUUAGGAAUAGAGUCCGAAUGGUAUGUGGAGUAGCAUUUGCUUCCUGUCCAGGGACAGAGAAAAUCUCACUUGGUUUAGUCCUCAUACAGUUCCUGAGCCUCCACCUGUGGUUUCAGGUUCCCUUGGUCUCUUAGUUUGGGUUCCCCCAAAAGCAGACCCUGAGACAAGGAUUCAGUUGUAGAUGUUCAUUUGGGAAGUGACCCCAGAAGUGCAAGAAGGGUUGUAGGGAAAGUGAAGCAGGAAAGGAUGCCCAUGAAGCUUACAUUAAUGAAUGCAUUCCUAUUCAUAUUUAAAAUAUCAAAACUGAAUUCCUGAAAAAAAUCUGAACCGAUUUUUCUAUCAAACUUCAAAUCAAGUAAAGACAUCCUUCCGGUGGUUCUGGCAGAAUCCUUGGAGACAUCCUUAACUCCUCACUUUCUUAUCCUCUACAGUCAGUCCAUUAGAAAUCCUAAUGACUGCCUUUAUCUCCGCUGCUGCCACCCUGGUCCAUGCACCAUCAUCAUAUCUCACCUGCAUCAUUGCAGUAGACUCCUAGCUGGUCCAGGCCACCAUCAUGUCUCACCUACAUCGUUGCAGUGGACUCCUAGCCCGUCCAGGCUGCCAUCAUGUCACAUCUGCAUCGUUGCAGUAGACUCCUAGCCCAUCCAGGCCGCCAUCAUGUCUCACCUACAUCGUUGCAGUGGACUCCUAGCCCAUCCAGGCCGCCAUCAUGUCUCACCUGCAUCAUUGCAGUAGACUCCUAGCCCAUCCAGGCCGCCAUCAUGUCUCACCUGCAUCAUUGCAGUAAACUCCUAGCUGGUCCAGGCCACCAUCAUGCCUCACCUGCAUUGUUGCAGUAGACUCCCAGCUGGUCCAGGCCACCAUCAUGUCUCACCUGCAUCAUUGCAGUGGACUCCUAGCCCAUCCAGGCUGCCAUCAUGUCACAUCUGCAUCGUUGCAGUGGACUCCUAGCCCGUCCAGGCCGCCAUCAUGUCAACACCUCCAUCAUUGCAGUAGACUCCUAGCCCAUCCAGGCUGCCAUCAUGUCUCACCUGCAUCGUUGCAGUGGAUUCCAUGUUGGCCUCCCAGCUUCCUCUCUUGCCCUACCUUCCAUGGUCCAUUCUCGACAACAUAGCCAAAGCAGUCUUUGUAAAACAUAAUUUGGGUCAUUGUCCUUCGUCUGCUCAGAGUCUUCCAGUGGCUGCCUGCUUCACUCCUGGUAAGAAGUGCUGUUCUUGCAGUGGCCCACCCAGCCCUGCACGGUGUCUCCUCGUGCUUCUCCAGUGUCAUCUUCCAUGGUUCCCUCAGCUCUCUACUCCAGCCCUACUGUUACCUUGGUUCUUCCCUCUGCUUUAAUGCUCUUCCCUCUUGGCUCAUCCUUGCCUCCUUCAGCCCUUCUCAAAUGCCAUUUUGUUGGAUGAGUGAACGAAUGAAGGACAUGUGGAGUUCCUGGCACAAUUUAUAGUGUGUUGUAGGUGCUGAAUAAAUGACAGCAGUUACUGUUUUUUUCAUUUAAUUCUCACAAUAGCAUUAUGUGUAGCUGCUGUUAUUCCUAUUAUACAGUGGGGAAAACUGAGGCUCAGAGAGGUUGAUGAGCCCAAGCACUGACUUUCAUGCUGUCUUGACUCCGCGCUCAGGAAGGAAUAUGUCGUACAUCUCAGCCCCAUUGUACUCUCUUGCAUGGGUGGGUAUGUACGCACAUAACUGGAACAAGAGUUUCACGAGAGCUUGGUCUUAGUACCUUUGAGACAUUCUGACGUUUUCUCCUCUGUCCCAGUCAUUUUAUUUUUCCUAUUGCUGAUUUCAAACCACUAAACUGAUUUGAAGAAACCCUUUUGCAAAGUACUUGUCUAGGCCUUUGAUUCUGCAUGUUACUUUUCCCUGUGGCGACAUCUGAACUAGCUUUCUCAAAAAUUAUUCGCACUAAAAACAGUGUUUGGUAUGCAGCUGAGUUGAUAAGUGUGGCAUUAUAAGUUUCUUUCUCUGCUGACCUCUGUAAAAGAUGACAAGGGUUGCUUUGCACAUAAAUAGAUAUGUGAUUAUAAAGACCAUAUAUUAGGAUUAAGAGAGAAAUUAAAAUGGCUGACAGGAAAGGAAAAGGAAGGGAAAAUAUCUUUAACAAACAAUCACAAAUAGAGGAAUUAAAAUCUCCCAUUGAUGUGAAAUGAUGGGAGGCAGGAGUGAACAGAAACUCGAUACAGUCUCACCGAGUCACUCAUUCGUGGACGGGCUACAAGCUUCGUCCCCGGAAGCAAAGUCAUGCCUCUGAGUCAGUUCAAUUGAGUCAGCACCAUAGCACAGAGUCAGAAUAAAAUUCGAGAAAUUUGUAUACCAUGUUUGGUCGCUCCAGAUUGGUGGCCUAGCACACUCUUCUUUGUGGCUCUUCAGAAGAGCUGGAUGCCAGUCGACCAACAGAAGCUGAUCCUUUGAAGCCGAAGGAGAACCUGCAAGUGUCCGCGUGCCAAGUUUGGUACACCUACUGCUUGCCCUCAAGAGAAUGCUAAAACCGUCACAAAUAGUCCUGGUUCCUUUAAUCCAUUUUGAUAUUAAAAGUAAGUGUCAUAACUAUUUUAAAGAAAAGGUGGCAUUAUAAAAUCAAACCACAGGGCUGAGCUGGUACCAUAACAGAAGUCUAAGUGAAGGGUCGGGUCUGGAGAAUCAGGCGUUGUCUCCAUACAAAAUAACUUCAUCUUCAUCAAGAGCACGGGUGGGGUGAAUCUGCACCCUUUGCUUUGAUACUGAAUUAAGUGCUUGUUAGUCCUGCAGUUUCUGAAAAUUAAUUACACAAUAUUCGUUGAGUCCUUACUAUGUACGAGAUGCUAGCUCAUGUGAAUUUUGCAGCAACCGUAAAGGAGGGCACAGUCGUUACUCCCAGUGGGAGUAACUCACGUGGGGACUGGAUAAUCAGAGAGAGGCUGAUGGACAACAGGGAGGAGCCAGCAUCUGGGCCAGAGCCUCACUUGGCUGCUAGGCCCUCGUGUCUCGCUUUUAGAUUUGGAGAGAAUCUCAGUGGGACGUCAAGUGACACCCGGAUUUAGACUUAGUAACAAUGAAGUUUAGAUCCAGGCCAAAGUUUCCUUUGUGCUGUUGUUGAAAGUGUAAUUUGGUAAGAAAAUUCAGUAGAUUGCAAGGUGUUUAGAUAAGAAAGAAAACAAACUCUUUUAUUCUUUACUAUUUCUAACCUUUCUUAAACCCUUUGUGUUAACCUUUGAUGAUAUAGUAAUUAGCAAAUGAUUUUUCUCUUUCCAAAUUCUUACCUAUUUUUAAAGGUCUAGCGAGACCUCUACUUUACAACCCAUUGUUAACAAUUCACAUUGUGUUUAAUUACAUCCAGUAGUAAAACUGAUUUCCUUUCAGAAUUAUGGACUGUAGGGGUUUUGAUAUUUCAUACGUAUUUUCUGAACUAAUGAGGAAUAGAACCAAGCAUCAAGUGGAUAAGGACCCUAAAUAAUAAGCCUUUAUUUUCAGAUGUUGCUUCCCUGCAUACCAGGAGCCUUCUGAGGGUAUAAAAAUGCCUGUUAUUGUCUUCAGUUCCUAAAAUUCUUCAGUUUUAAUGAUUGAUGACCUACAUAAGCCAUAAAACUUGUCUGUUUGUAUUUUCUGUGUUGUUUAAAUAAGAUUGUUCAUCCAGAAAGCUUUUGUCUGCCUGUAAUCUGCUAACUCUUGGCACCUCCGGAAAGACAGCUAGUGUUCCUGCCCCUAGGAGCACUGCACCUCAGGAGCCCUCCUGCGUUUUCGUGACGCUGUCACGUUUUGUCUUUCAGAUCAGCCCAGGCGAUGGAGGGACUACUGCAUUACAUCAACCCAGCGCACGCCAUCUCUCUCCUGAGUGCCCUCAACGAGGAGCGCCUCAAAGGACAGCUGUGUGACGUGCUUCUGAUCGUCGGAGACCAGAAAUUUCGAGCUCAUAAAAAUGUCUUGGCUGCCAGCAGUGAAUACUUUCAGAGUUUAUUCACAAAUAAGGAGAAUGAGUCACAAACUGUAUUUCAGCUUGACUUUUGUGAACCAGAUGCUUUCGAUAACGUUCUGAACUACAUUUAUUCUUCGUCUUUGUUUGUUGAGAAAGGCAGCCUUGCCGCUGUGCAAGAACUGGGCUACAGCCUUGGGAUUUCCUUUCUGACUAACAUCGUCUCUAAAACACCUCAAGCCCCCUUUCCAGCAUGUCCCAACAGGAAAAAAGUGUUCAUAGAAGAUGACGAAAACAGUUCUCAAAAGAGAAGUGUCAUUGUUUGUCAAAGUAGAAACGAAGCACAAGGGAAAACUGUAAGUCAGCAUCCAGCCGACGGAAGCCAUACUUCCCGGCCUGCACCGAACCUUGCCGUCAGGACCAGCACCAGCAAGCCGCAUGUUCCCAAACCGGUGGAGCCGCUGCACAACUUGUCAUUGACUGAAAAGACUUGGCCAAAAGAUAGUUCUGUAGGGUAUGCAAAGUCUCUCGAGCAUUCUGCAUCUGUGGAUGAUCCUAACAGAAGCAGUUUGGGGAAAAGGAAUGCAGUGCUGCCUUCAAAGCCGCUACAAGACAGAGAGGCAGGGGAUGAUAAACCCGGUGUGAGUGGUCAGCUGCCCAAAGGAAAAGCCAUAGAGCUGGCUUUGAAAAGACCACGGCCACCUGUUUUGUCUCUUCGAAGCUCAUCAGAGACUCCGUAUCUGUUGAAAGAAACUAACAAAGGAAGUGGUCCUGGCGAAGAUAGAAACUUGCUGUACUAUUCAAAGCUGGGGUUAGUGAUCCCAUCCAGUGGGUCUGGUUCUGGAAACCAAAGCAUCGACAGAAGUGGCCCUCUUGUCAAGAGUCUCCUCAGGCGGUCAUUGUCGAUGGACAGCCAGGUUCCUGUCUACUCACCCUCAAUAGAUUUGAAAUCUUCCCAGGGGUCAUCUUCAGUGUCAGUCGACGCACCAGGGAAUGUGUUUUGUGCUUUAUCUCAAAGGUCAUCUUUAAAAGAUGGCGGUGAAAAAUCAGCCCUGGAUGACCGGACUCCAGUCCCGCAGCCGCACCGCCUCCGGUCCUUCAGCGCUUCUCAGUCGACAGAGAGGGAGGGAGUGCCCCCCGUCACAGAGGUCCGGAUCAAGACCGAGCCCCGCAGCCCGCUGUCGGAUCCCUCGGACAUCAUCCGAGUCACCGUGGGCGACGCCGCAGCGGCCUCCUCCAGCACGAGAGACCUUUCUCUGAAAACAGAAGACGACCAAAAAGACAUGAGCAGACUGCCAGCCAAAAGGAGGUUCCAGGCGGACAGAAGACUGCCGGUUAAGAAGCUCAAGGAGGAUGGGCCCGGUUCUCCGGGGUCAGCAGACAAUUUGGAGGAAGGCUCAAGCCCCGCUCUCCUCGAGGCAGAUUUUCCAGAUUCUGACUUGAAUAAAGAUGAAUUUGGUGAGUUGGAGGGAACAAGACCAAACAAAAAAUUUAAAUGUAAACAUUGCCUUAAGAUCUUUAGAUCAACAGCAGGUCUUCACCGGCACAUUAACAUGUACCAUAACCCAGAAAAGCCCUACGCUUGUGACAUCUGUCACAAGCGGUUUCACACGAACUUCAAAGUGUGGACACACUGUCAGACCCAGCACGGCAUAGUGAAGAACCCGUCACCAGCCUCUAGUUCACAUGCCGUUUUGGAUGAGAAGUUCCAAAGAAAGCUGAUUGACAUAGUGAGAGAGAGAGAGAUUAAGAAGGCCCUGAUCAUUAAGCUCAGGCGCGGCAAGCCCGGCUUUCAGGGCCAGGGCGGCUCCCAGGCCCAGGUCAUCAAGCGGAACCUGCGAUCACGAGCCAAAGGGGCGUACAUCUGUACGUACUGUGGAAAAGCCUAUCGCUUCCUCUCGCAGUUCAAGCAGCACAUAAAGAUGCACCCGGGAGAGAGGCCCGUUGGCGUCCACAAAAUUGCUAAGCCAAAAGAGCAUGUUCCUCUCGAGAGUCCGGUAGCAAACAAGGAGGUUUACCAGUGCCGCCUCUGUAAUGCUGAGCUCUCUUCUCUUCUAGAGCAAGGAAACCACGAGCGCCUGUGCCGCAACGCGACCGUUUGCCCCUACUGCAGCCUUAGGUUUUUCUCGCCCGAGCUGAAGCACGAGCACGAGAGCAAGUGUGAGUACAAGAAGCUGACGUGCCUGGAGUGCAUGCGCACUUUCAAGUCCUCCUUCAGCAUCUGGCGGCACCAGGUCGAGGUCCACAACCAGAACACCAUGGCGCCGGCCGAAAACUUCUCCCUCCCCGUCCUGGACCACAAUGGUGAAGUGAGCGCGCCCUCCAGGCCCCAGGCCCCGCCCGAGCCCCGGAACACCAACCACCUGGUCGCAGCGAAAGACGACAACGUGUUCAGCGACUGUUCCGAGCAGGUGAACUUCGACUCGGAAGACUCCUCCUGUCUCCCUGAAGACCUGAGCCUUUCGAAGCAGCUGAAAAUCCAGGUGAAAGAGGAGCCUGCGGAGGAGGCUGAGGAAGAGGCGCCCGAGGCCAGCGCUGCCCCCAAGGACGCGGGCUCCAGCGCGGACCCCGGCCUGUGGCCCUGCGAGAAGUGCGGCAAGACAUUCCCGGCGCACAAGCAGCUGGAGCGGCACCAGGAGCUCCUGUGCUCCGUGAAGCCCUUCAUCUGCCACGUCUGCAACAAAGCCUUCCGCACCAACUUCCGGCUCUGGAGCCACUUCCAGUCGCACAUGUCUCAGGCAGCAGAGGACCCGGCGCACAAGGACUCGGACGCGUGCCCUGUCCCCACAAACUCUCCGUCGCCGCCGCCUCUGCCCCCACCACCGCCGCUGCCCAAGAUCCAGCCCCUGGAGCCUGACAGCCCCACGGGGUUGCCAGAGAACCCGGCCCCCUCCACGGAGAAGCUGUUUGCGCCCCAGGAGUCAGACACGCUUUUCUACCACGCCCCACCCCUGUCAGCAAUCACCUUCAAAAGGCAGUUCAUGUGUAAACUUUGCCAUAGGACCUUCAAGACGGCGUUCAGCCUCUGGAGUCACGAACAAACCCACAAUUAAAGGGCCGCCCCUUCUUACCUGUGACGAAGCGGGGGACGGCCUCCUGGUUCCAGCCUGCAGGGUGACAUGUGUCAUAAGAAACAAAAUAUUUUUAAAAAAGAAUAAUAAAGGUUGGAAAUUGUUAUGCUUGAAUGUAAGUGUGAGGUAAACUGGUGUUAAUUAGUAAUGUCCUUACUCCACUUAGAAACUGAGAAACAUCGUGCUUCUGGACGUCUUCGCCACAGGGCGGUGCGACUUCAUUACUGUUGACAUUUGGUUGAUCUCGGUUGUUUGCAUGGUCCCCUAUCCAUGGUGUCAGUAUAAUCUUUCAAUUGAGGUUGUUUUGGUUUUUUACUGAUUUGCAAUUAGUGGAAUACUAUUAAAGUAUUUCUUCCUUUGAUUAUAUCAGACACCUAAGUUCUACUUAAAUCUUAGCCAUGUUCUUAAGUCCAAAAUGUAUCAGGAAGAAGUGGAAUAGUUUGCAGUAUUGGUUUAGAUCUUAGAAUACUUUUUAGCAAUAAGAAAAAUGAUAAACCUCAACUUUUGUAAGUUAUCCUGACACUUGAUAAAAAUAAAUAUUUGGUAUUUUGUGGUCAUGUAGAACUUUUUUUUGUAUGAAAAUUGUGAGAAAUUUAAAUCAGCAAUAGUAACACUUAAAUUUUUAUAAAAUAACUUGCUCUUGGGUCAUUUACUAUAAUUAAUGGUGGAAGACUUGGGAAAUAAAAAGAUUAAGAUUUCCAGAAGGCCUCCCGGUUGGUUUACAAAAGCUUCAGUCGCGACAGGCAUUACGAUCAAAAGUGCUGAUCGUGCUGCGUGUGCACGGCACACUUGUAAAGUCAGAUCGGCAUUGGAAGGACUGCACACGUGUGCUUUCCUGUUUGAUGCUGUCACAAACUGAAAAUCUGAGUGUGUUUGGGACAAAAAACAGCAUACAGCAGUAGUUUCGAACUUAACAACGUUGGUAUCACAAAUCAGGUAGGACGUAGACUGACGAAGGCCCCGGGCCCCUGGGGUCAGUGGGGCCGCUCUCAGUCCUGAAUUCCCGCUGACUUCAGGGACGGGGAGCAGAGGGAGAGCGAGCACACUGCAGUCCCACAGGCUUUUCAGAACAAUGGACACAAUGCACAGUUUCCUGCCUCUGUCUUGCGAUGAUUUCUGUUAGCACUUGUUGGCGUUUAUCGUGGCAAAACGCCCAUAGUGAAGCCAUUCUGCUUUACGUCACUGCUUGAACUUUCAUACAUAUGUGUUCAAGUGCUGUCAAGGGUCCAAAAUUAGUUUCUGCUGCUCAUUUUGGUCCAUAGGGUUUGGUCUUCUUUUUCUUUCCUGUUCUAAGUUGUCAUUAAAAGCCUUUCAGUAGGUGUUGUCCAGAGUUCAAUGGGGCGUUCAAAAGGGAAAAUUUUUAUUUUACUUGAGGGUGGCGUAGAUACAUACAAGUAGAAAUAGUGUUGAAACUACACAAUCCUUUUAAGGUAGUGAUAUGGAUUAAGACUCCGAGUUUAUUAAUUUUUUUUACAAGCUCUUCUUUCAAAUAAAAAGAAUCUCUUGUGACGAAGAAAUAAUUUGCUGAGUUACUUAAAUUUGUCCUCUCGCAGAAAAGAACUCUGUACUCAUCAAUCUCAUUACCCACAUUCCAUUCCAGUGGUAGGAAAGAUAUUUUUAUUGAAACCCAAGCAUUUUUGUAAAAUACUGAUUGACUUUGUACAUCAUAGAAAUUUUGCCUCUCAUUCUUUCAUUUGAAAACUAUUAAAAGUCCCCACGUAUUUGAGUGGUUACUUCCUAUUUUCGUUCUUACUUAAAUUCGGUGGAGAAAGGAAAAUAAGAUUAAGCUGCAGUUACUCAUUAUUGCCAUCUUUAUAUUUUCUUGAAGAAAUCUAUGCAUUUUAAAGACAAAACUAAAGCAUAUGAUCUUAGGUGAAACAUGAGGAUGGAUUAUUGUUCCCUGAACUCAUUCCCUGUGUGAGGUGAACACCUUGGUAGCUGUCACUUCAAAACAGUUUCCUUCAGAGCCAUCACUACUGACGGCCGUUGGAGCACCUCAUAACCCCCUGAUGCACAGUAUCUUGGCGUUGGAAAUCCAGUAUCCCAGACUUGAACCUUUAUGCUACGUUUUUGAAGAUUUUUUAAUAAUGUUAAUUAGAAGAAAGAUAUUUUUGAUCUAAAUAUAGGCUCUGCGUAUCUGUUAGAUUUUUAAAAUUUUGCCACUGUUUUGUCUUGUUCGUUCACAUUUUGUCUAGGCAAGGAAUAUAAGAUUUCAAAUAAAAUUUUGAACCAAAAACAUUUAUAAUGCAGUUCUGGUUUUUCUAUUACUUUUUAUACUGUAUCUGAAAAGCAUUAGGCUGGAAGAGUUUAUUUUGAUGGUCAAAAAAUGAAAUAUGCUUCCACUCCUGUAGCUAUUUUAAAUGUUAAGAAGUAAAAUAAUGAAAGACACCUUAAUUGCUUUGUUCAGCAAACAGUUUUUUUAACAAUGUUUUUCUCAGCCAGUAGGCUAGUUGGUCUUUCAUUGUUGCAACUCUUUAGCUAGUAAAGAUAUUCUUGUAAAUGUUUUUUCUGAUUGUAAUUAAUUUUUGAAAAUGUAGAAAGCUUGUUAUGCCCUGUAAGUAUUCAGGAUGCCUGCUUUGACGCGGUUGUGGAAAGAAUGUAAGAUGUUUUAAUAUAUUCUUUGUUAAUCUCAGAACCUUUUAUUGAAUCAUUUUCUUCAUGUGGGGGAGGGAGGGAGGAACACCAUAAAACAUGUUUUUAUCAAAGUAAGCAAUGGAGGUAACUGCAUUUUUUAAUAGUAAUAUUUCAAGAUUAAUAGAAUAUUCGCCUUCAAAACUAGUUAUGGUUAGUAUGCAUUAUAAUUUUAUCAAAAUAUACAAAUACUUCAACAGUGAUGUUAUUUGCAUUUGUGGGGAGGUGGAUGUGGUUCUUGGUUUUCUGUUUUGGAAUGGAUCCUUACAGCCUCUUUAAAAAUAUGCCCCAGCACUUAAUUGGUGGUAAUCGUAUCCACACAUAACACCCGCUGAUGCUGAGCAUAGAAACAGACGAGAGUGAAAUGUGCCCUUUUGUGGAGGCAGGAGGUGUCUCCAUCUACAGGCCAACUGACGGUCAGGGUGAGGGAGGGACAGGAAUUAACAGCUCUGAAGUCAGCCUUUGUUCCCACAGAUUGUGUGUGUGUGUGUGAGUGUGUGUACAACCAUAAUCUGAAACUUCAGGAAGUAAAAUAUUUGAAUUUUCUUACUACAAAAGUAAUUAGAGGUCAUUCAUAACAGGUUUCUUUAUAAAUUGCACUAAUUAAUAUUGGAAUAUUAUAAGUCAGUUUAUCAAUUUUUGAUGUUUCAUUCAUGUUUUUUGCAAUAAUUAUGAAAAGCAUUAUUGAUUUAAAUAAUGCUAGCCCAUAUUCUUUAAUAAGUUCUUUAACACUGGCUUUUUUUUUAAGUUUUAAGAAUAGGUUUUUCUCUUGUGGCUUUAGCACUUUAAGAAGUUUGAUGUUUGCAUAAUUUUUGACACACUCGUUCAGUGCUUCCCGUCGAGUUCUCUAGUGUACGGCAUUUCCACGCUACUGGGAAGAAAACUGAGCCGUCCGCAUUUAGAUUCCAGAAGAGCAAAAAUGAGUUCAUGUUAGAUUUUUUUAAAAUUCCUUUUAGAGACAAUUGUUUGGGAACCAAAGUAUUUUACUGUAAAACUUUAAAAUAAUUGGAUUCAGUGCUCCUGAGUCUUUUAUUCGUGCUGUCCAGAUUUCCCACAAAGUUGUACUUGGUUAAUACUAAUUUUCAAAAGGUGGUAAUUUCUUAGUGACAUUAAUCCAAGAGUAUUUCAGAAUUUUCAUUGAAUAAAUGCUUAUUGUUAAAAGAAAAACAAAUGUGGUUUUAUAAUUGUGUAUAUUUUGUUGACAUAUGCCUUAGCAGAGUAAAUCAUUGUUCAAUUUUAUUUAGGAAUAAGCUUUUUUGGACUGAAAAUUCACAGUAAAAUAGGAUUUCUAUCUAAUGUUAAUCCAUUGCUUAUUUGUAUCCAAUUCUGUUGUCUGUUUACUUUGCUUAAAUCUUGACUAAGAAUGAUUGGAGUCAAUAAAUUUGUACUGUAUUUUGUUCUGA